AUGGGGUUUAACUGGCCGCGAAAGGAUACGAGCAAGAACUUUCACCAGGCACCAAUUAUGCAUCCCACGCAUGCCGAGGCUGGCGAAGAUGUCGACAAGAUUGCUACAGCGAUGGCACAGGCAUACAACGCUCACGACUGGGACCUCUAUUCCUCAUUUCUAGCGGCAUCCUUUGUCCACCAGUGGCCCCAUCGCCCCGGCCAACCACUAUUCAAGGAAGAAUUUUUGAGUCGCACGCGAGAGCUUUGUGAUGCGAGUCCGACUUACCGGAUUGAGGUUCUGGACCAAACAGUCACGACCCCAGACUCACCAGAACAGAGCGGUGGUGGCACCGUCUUGAGCGUCUUUCAGACUUGCAGGCAGUGGGGUAAUAAGAGGCGUGGAGACGUCGUGAGAGACUGCUUUUACAUCUUGAGGUUCGCCCAGGAGCAUGGUACUUGGCUUUGCCAGAGCAUGCAGGCGGCAAAUGGGUGUCAUUACUUUGGAGUGGCUACCUGA